CUUACCGUUCACAUUAUUCUUUUUCCUGGUUCCUCUAAAAUUUCUCCAUCUCGAAAUUCGUUUUUUUCUUUUUCCUUGAGAAAGAGAAAGUACUAAGAAUCAAUUUGUGUUGUAUUUUAAUUUUUUUGAAAAAGAUACCGUUUCUCUCUCUCUCUCUCUCUCUCUCUCUCUCUCUCUCUCUCUUCUCAGUGAUCAGUCUCACACUCUCACUUUCCACAUCACAGAAACGAAAGGUUGAUGCUUGAUACAGAAAGGAGAGCUGAGAAGAGAUAAUUAAAAGGGACCCUUUGCUGCUUUUAUUGUUUUUUUCUUCCGAUUUUCAAUUUCAGUCUCGUGAAAUUGUCUCAAUAAACGCGUAGGAUUUCCUUGUUGUAGACAAUACCCAUUUUGGAAGCUCGGAAAUCUGGUUGUGACUAUACUUUGGUUUUAUCUCUGGUUUUAGGUUGCCAAUCUGCCAUCCUUUGUUGUUUUUUAGUAGAAAUGUAUUAACGAAGAGAGCAGGUCUCUCAUUACUGUUUCAGUUCUUCCUUUGUGCUUUCUGGGUUUCUUCUUUUCUUCGUUUCUUCAUUUAUACGCGAGUUUUUAGAUUCGUCCCUGUCCACAGUGAAAAACCCAUUAGCCGAACUCGGGUUUUAUCAUCGUUUUUGGUGUUGGGUUCUCCAUUUGAAUAAGCAUUGACGCGUUUUCAUUGAAAAGCUGAGUUUUGAUUAACAAUAUUUUUUUUUUUUUUUUUUUGGUCUCAAUAAGCUUCAACGCUGUUUUCAGAAACUUAGUUGGCCAGUUUCUCUUUUGAUCCUUAUUUUCUUUUUUCCGAUUCUGCUACCUUUUCUUCCUUUUUCACCAACUCGACUUUUAAUUUUCCUUAAAUAUAAUUUUUUUCAUUUGCUUUCCAGUUUCACCUGUGUAUCAGAAAGCCUUCUUCCACAGCCUCAACUUUUUUAGGAUAUGUAGCUUGAUUUUUGGAGAUCAGGCGAACCCACCAGCCAAAGACCGUUACUUUUUAACUCCACUUCAGUGAAGUAUAAAACCCCUGUUUCUCAGCUGUUCCCCUUAUAGAACAACCAUCUUUGGUUAGUUAAUUUCUUUCUUCCCAUUAUUAUAAAACUAGGUUUUUGUAUACUGCAUCUUGUGGGCCGAUAAUUUCCUUAGCUAUUUCUGUUAAACCAUAUCUGCAAAAUCCAGCUUUUGUAUACUAAAUCUUCUGGGCUAAUAGAAAAAAUGAGCAGGAUCUGGUUUCUAUCUUGGGUUUUCUUUGUUUGGCUUCUAUUGGAUUCUGUUCCUGUUGUUGGUCUUGGGGUCAACUGGGGAACGAUGGCAACACAUCCAUUGCCUCCUGAUGUUGUAACUCAGAUGUUGAAAGACAAUAAUUUUGAGAAAGUGAAGCUGUUCGAUGCUGACGAGUUUACCUUGAGUUCUUUGGCUGGAAGUACAAUUGAAGUGAUGGUCGCCAUCCCAAAUAAUAUGCUUGCCGAUUUGAACAACUACAACAAGGCCAAGCAGUGGGUCAAGAGAAAUGUUACUCGGUACAACUUCAAUGGAGGAGUAAACAUAAAAUACGUAGCUGUUGGGAACGAGCCUUUCCUUUCGUCGUAUAACGACUCAUUUACGAAUCUCACCCUCCCUGCCCUUCAGAACAUUCAGAAUGCACUCAAUGAUGCUGGGGUUGGAGACACCAUAAAGGCCACUGUACCCUUGAAUGCUGAUGUCUACAACUCACCUGAUAGUAAUCCUGUCCCAUCUGCUGGAAGGUUCCGGCCUGACAUCAGUGGACUGAUGACUGAAAUUGUCCAGUUCCUCAGUAAGAAUAAUGCUCCCUUCACUGUCAACAUCUAUCCUUUCUUAAGUCUCUAUGCCAAUCAGAAUUUCCCUGUUGACUUUGCAUUCUUUGAUGGGACGAGCAACCCUAUUGUUGAUAAUGGGGUUUCAUACACCAAUGUCUUUGAUGCAAACUUUGAUACAUUGGUGUCGGCUCUGAAGGGAAUUGGGUAUGGGAAUAUGCCCAUCUUGGUUGGGGAGGUUGGUUGGCCCACAGAUGGAGACAUAAGUGCAAAUUUGCUUUACGCCCAGAGGUUUUACAAUGGGCUGUUGAAAAAACUUGCUACCAACCAGGGAACUCCAUUGCGACCUGGGUAUCUAGAAGUUUACCUGUUCGGACUCAUUGAUGAGGAUGCCAAGAGUAUUGCUCCUGGGAGCUUUGAGCGCCAUUGGGGAAUCUUUAGAUAUGAUGGGCAGCCCAAGUUCCCAAUGGAUUUCUCAGGCCAGGGCCAGAACAAGUUUCUAGUGGCAGCAAAGGAUGUGCAAUAUCUGCCUCAGCGCUGGUGUGUUUUUAAUCCAAAUGCCAAGGACGUGAGCAAUCUUGGAGAUAACAUCAAUUAUGCUUGUAGCUUUUCUGAUUGCACUGCACUUGGUUAUGGCUCAUCAUGUAAUACCUUGGAUGCUCAAGGAAAUGCUUCAUAUGCAUUUAACAUGUAUUUCCAAGCUCAGAAUCAGCAACUUCAGAGCUGUAAUUUCCAGGGUCUGGCCGUGAUGACAACACAGAAUGCCUCACAGGGUACAUGCAAUUUCAUCAUUCAAAUCGUAUCAUCAUCAUUCACUUCCUCCCUCAGACCUUCAGCUGUUGUAUUGUCAUUCAUAUUGGUGCCCAUGCUUUUUUUGGUUUGGUGAUGCUGCUGUAGAAAUGUCAUGUAUACCUUUUUCUAAUAUUUAUUUAGCUUUGCUAUUUUUUUAGUGGACUUUUUAUCUUUGUGUUUAUUUCUUUUAUCUAUUCAAUAAAAUAUAGUUGUACCUUA